AUGCCCCCGCGAGGCCUCUCCCCUUGCCAACCAUCGUUGCAGCUGUCGGGCGAAGCAGCAGCAGCAGCAGCAGCAGACACAGCAGCAGCAGCAGACACAGCAGCAGCAGCAGACACAGCAGCAGCAGCAGACACAGCAGCAGCAGCAGCAGCAGACACAGCAGCAGCAGCAGCAGCAGACAUUGCAGCAGACGCGGCAGCAGCAGGACCCGCUGCAGCAGCAGCGCAGCCGGCCGUAACUUCCCACUCAUCGGGAGCAGCAGCUCCAGCAGCAGACUCAGCAGCAGCAGCACCCGCAGAAGCAGCAGCAGCAGCAGCAGCAGCAGCAGCAAAUAACUUUGCUGCUGCAUGUGUGGGGCCCCUAGAUCGCGCUUGCGCCCCCCCCCCUCAGCAGCAGCAGCAGCAGCAGCAGCAGCAGCAGCAGCAGCAGCAGCAGCAGCAGCAGCAGCAGCAGCAGAAGCAGCAGCAGCAGCAGCAGCAGCAGCAGCAGCAGCAGCAGCAGCAGCAGCAGCAGCAGCAGCAGCAGCAGAGUGGCUCGCCCGCGAGGCGCAGACAGUCCCCGGGGGGCCCCAGGGGCCCCCGCUGGGCAGCGAGAGCUGGGGGCCCCCUGGGUACCUUUGGGGGCCCCGGCAGUGCCCCGGGGGGCCCCCCAGAGGGUCUUUUGGGGGGCCCCCAGGGGGCCCCCCGAGGGGAUAUUCUGGAGGCCUCUUUGGGGGCCCCCCCUCAAGGGGGCCCCCCCUGGGACUGCCAAGAGGCCCCUCAUGGGGGCCUUUCCCCUGUUGAAGGUCUUUUGCCGUUAGAGUCCGGGGGGGCCCCUGGGGGCCCCCCUGGGGGCCCCUCACCUGGGGGCCCCCCUGGGGGCCCCUCACCUGGGGGCCCCCCUGGGGGCCCCCCUGGGGGCCCCCCUGGGGGCGUUUCUUCAGGGGCCCCCCCUGGGGACCCCCCGGGAGGCCCCCCUGGGGCCCCUUCUGGGGCCGUUUCUUCGGGAGGCCCCCCCGGGGGCCCCCCCGGGGGCCCCCCCGGGGGCCCCCUGGGGGGCCCCCCUGGGGGGCCCCCCGGGGGCCCCCCUGGGGGCCCCGAAGCGAGGGGGGGCCCCCCGGGGGCCCCCGGGCGGUCGCUUUCGUUUGUGGGGGGGCAGCAGCGGGUGUACAGCCAGCCCGUGGGGCGGCUGGGGGCCUCCGGGCUGCCGCUGCAGGCGAGGGGUUUGCUGCGGCGUUUGGGGUGGGUGGCUCGGGCCCGGGGGCGGCUGCAGCAGCAGCUCGUCCAGCAGCAGCAGCAGCAGCAGCAGCAGCAGCAGCAGCAGGAAGAGGGGCCCCUGGCCCUCUGGGCCGGCGGCUACAGCACCCCCUGCGCAGGCAACUUGGAAAGCAGCGACAGCCUUUUCAUUUCCUGCUGCACUGACUUCCCCUUGCCGCUGCAGCAGCAGCAGCAGCAGCAGCAGCAGCACUAG